UUCAUCGCUUCUAAUUUUAUACAGAAACCAUUUCAUCAAAGUAUUUUCUAUACAGACUCCCACCUACAAUUGGAUUGCUUAUUGAAAAGGAUGAUUCUUGAAAUUGUGUCCAACCGAGAUACACUGUUAAUCACUGUGACAUUUAAUAGAUACUAAUCCAGCCUUUCAACUUUUUAUUUGAUCAAAUUUCUGCUCACUGAGUACCAAUUUUAUUCUUUUUUUUAGUAAAUCUCUCUAAAUCUGAGCACUUUAUAUUUUAUUAAUAUGACUGAACUUGAUCCUCACUUAACUGCUUAUGUUAUGCUACAGGUAAAAUGUGCUUUUUAAGAAAAGCAAUCCAUAGUUUAAAAUAAGUUUGAUAAACAUACACAUUAGCAUAUUAACAUACAUACUGGCAUAUUUUCAAACUUGAUCUGUAAGAUUCUUUCUUAUGAACGACGUUUGAUGCAUAAAUGUAGAAUAUAUAUGAAUAUAUGUAACAAGUGGAACAUGUAAUGUUUUUAAAUAGCCAGCAGAUUGUGACAGUUGAUUAUAUUUAUAUUAUUAAGUUGAUAAGUUGGUUAGUGAUAACUGGAUAAAUGUGAUUUAAAAGGUGGCCUUUAACCUUUGUGUGUCUAAGAUGAAUACCUGGGAUUUACAGAACGAGAUGUUUAUUAUUAGUGGUUUUUAACAUCACAAAAAUGUGAUGACUCAGUUUAAACAAUCUGAGAAGCAUUUUAUGUGAAGUAUAUUGAGUUAAUAUUUUAUGAAAGAUUUAAAAGAAAUCCAACUGUACAAUGAAAUAAAAAUUCUAAUAAAUAAAAUGUGUGAUUGAGUGCAGACAAAAUGGGUAAAAUGAACUUUCAUUUUACUGAUAAAAGAUUCAAACUUGAGAAAUUCUUCAAUUAGAAAAUAAAUAUAUUAAUUUAGUGAGCACCCCAAACUAUUUGUAUUUUUAAAAGAAUGAAUCGAGCCAAGAGAAGACACUGAAAAGAAGAAAUGUCAGUAGUAAGGUAGAGGUGACUGAUAUAUUCUAACUUUGGGAAAUUUUGGGUCCUUUCAUUUUUCUUUGAGAUCUUCAACUUUCUGAAAUUCAUUUGCUAAAUACACAGUUUUUACUUCAUUAAACCAAUCAGUCCAACUUUACAAUGUAAAAGCACACCACAGUGUUUGGGUGUGAUUUUCUGAGGUGGUGAUGUAGUGUUGCAGUUCAAAGUUGCCUCUCUACACAAGUGAGUCACACGAGAGACUAAAUUAUAGGAGACAAUUGUUUUUCAUAUAAUUAUAUUCCCACUUCACUUUCCAUGUUUGAACUGUGACAGUUUGUUGUGAAUCUGAAAUAUUGUAUAAAUUACUCCCAUGUAACAUGUAUUUUUCCAUGUAUUUUCUCAAAAAAGGUGAAUCACAUAUUUGUGUUGAGUUUAACUGCAACAAACCACUUCCUCUUUUUUUGCGGCUCCUCCUCAGAUACACAUAAAGCUGACGGUGAAGUUCAGGUCUGUUUCUCUCUCUGUCUGAUGAUCACGAUGUUCACUAUAAACCGAGCAGCACUGCUCUUCGUUCAGCUGUUAGUGGUGUGGGAUGUCUUUGCAGUGAUCGUUAAAGUCAACCACAGAGCUGUGCUGGUGUCCCGAGGAGACUCAGUGACGCUGACUUGCAACAUAUCCAAGACAAAUGCAACACAAAUCUCCUGGACCAACAAAAGAUCUGUUUUUCAUUAUUCCAUUGAGCUGAAUCGCACCCAUUCAAAUUUCUCAUUGCAUAGACUGAAAAUAAAUCAUGAGUUUCCUACAAAGCUCAUUAUUCUUAGUGCUCAACCUGAAGAUGAAGGACUUUAUACAUGUAACAUAACAGACAGACGUGGCGUAAACAGCUUUACAUGGAGUUUAACUGUGUCUGAGAACCCCACAGAAUCCACUUCAUCAAAGUAUUUUCUAUACAUACUCCCACCUGCAAUUGGAUUCCUUCUGUGUUGCAUCACACUAGCUGUGUUUCUCUACAGAUGCUGCACCAGGACCCUGAAAAAUGGCUUGCAUGAGAUCAGGACCUUGAGUUUUGUCCAGUAUCAUGCUCAGCUGGAAGGAAAGGUGGUCCCUCCACAACCUCAAAGUUUUGCAGUGUACAGGACAGGCAGCACUUUGAGAGACUCAGUCCAACCUGUGACUUAUGGUGUGCUGACAAGAAGAAAGUCCAGAUAAAAGCUGAAAAGGAAACAAAGUAUAGACUGUUUAAUUCAUUGUCAGUGCUUGUAAGAAUAAUUCAACCACAAAGCUCAAACAUCAUUUUUCAUUGUGUCUGCCUGGAUUUAUAGAAUCAAUUUACAAAAAUAACAAAUGAUUGCUUUGAUGUUGACCAUGCAGUUU